AUGGGUUUCCUCGUAGCCGCCAUUAAUGUUCCUCCUCUUCCUUUGAUCCAUCAACAAGUGAAAUCGAAGCAUGGUUGUAAUAAAGACGAGAGAUCUUUGUUUACUCGUCGUGGUUUCUUGCACUGUGUUGGUGGUGUUUCGUUGAUAGCCACACUUGAGUUUCCUGGAUUACAAGCAGCUGCUAAAGCAGAGGAGAAAGAUGAAGGGGAGAGAGGAGAAGGAGUUGUUGGUGCUUUCAAGUCUUUGUUUGAUCCUAACGAGAGAACAAAGUCAGGGAAAGAACUACCAAAAGCUUACUUGAAAUCUGCAAGAGAGGUUGUGAAAACGAUGAGGGAGUCACUGAAAGAGAAUCCAAAAGACAAUGCCAAGUUUAGAAGAAGUGCUGAUUCCGCCAAGGAGUCGAUUCGUGAUUACUUGAGUAACUGGAGAGGACAGAAGAGUGUAGCUGGAGAAGAAUCUUAUGCGGAGCUGGAGAAAGUAAUCAGAGCUUUGGCUACGUUUUACUCAAAGGCAGGCCCUUCUGCACCUCUUCCUGAGGAGGUUAAGACUGAGAUUUUGAAUGAUCUUAACAAGGCUGAAGAGUUUUUGUGA